AACCUGAGCACCGGAGGCAGAGAGAGAGAGAGAGAGGCGAGAGAGAGGCAGACUGACACACACACACACAGCCACAAGAACCGCAAAGCCCUCGGAUAGAAGACGGCCAUUACGGCUGCUGGAAGCAUGCUGGGAGCUGGGGAGGCUCGAUCCGCAAGACGCCGACACAGCCGGGGGUAGGCGCUCGGAGCUCGGACGGAAAACAGACACCGGAGCCGCUCUCAUCUGCGGUGAUCUACUCCCACCCUCACGUAGACACACGUACGAGGGGGUACAUAAAGCAGCAGUCGCCGGCUGGAAGAGGAUAUCCGAGGAGGGGGACUGUUGGGAGACAAGACACCGAGCGAUGCGGCUGUGUGUCCCCGCACACACCCGGACGGAGAGCAUGGAUAGAUAGCGUUUAUGUAACCUGCAUUUAUCUUCAACGUCCUACAUUUUCACUUGAGGCUUUUGUUGUCUUUUUUUUUUUUAUUCUCCUAAGUAUCCCUGAGGAUUAUACACUGCUCGGAAGUGAGCUGUACUUGUGCGCCAAUGCAUCAUAUUUCGUAGUUUUUCUCACACUCGGUGGGUGUUGAAUUGUGGACGCCGGAGGGGGGAUAAGACGGAGCUGCGGACCGGGUCACUGCGGUACAAUCUGCAGGCAGAACCCCCUCCACGGAACCACCAUGGCUGGGUUCAUACCGGGGCUGCUGCCGACCAACCACAACCAGGAGAAGGAGUUUGCACAGGCGUACGAGGAUGUGCUGGAGAGAUAUAAAGAUGAGCGAGACAGAGUGCAGAAGAAAACCUUCACAAAAUGGGUCAACAAGCAUCUCAUCAAGGUGAGAAAACACAUCACAGACCUGUACGAGGACCUGAGGGAUGGACACAACCUGAUCUCCUUGCUGGAGGUUCUCUCUGGAGUAACGCUGCAACAGAAGAGCGGCCCCUCAUUGAAAAGGCCAUACGCCUCGCGGGCCCCCCCUCUCAUCCUGCUGGGAGGGGAGGAUGAGGAGGAGGAAGGAGCUCAGGGACCCAGAGAAAAGGGGCGAAUGAGAUUUCAUCGACUGCAGAAUGUCCAGAUAGCGCUGGACUUCCUCAAACAGAGACAGGUCAAACUUGUGAACAUCAGGAACGAUGACAUCACAGACGGGAACCCAAAACUGACGUUAGGACUCAUCUGGACCAUCAUCCUUCACUUCCAGAUUUCGGAGAUCUAUGUGAGCGGUGAGUCAGGUGACCUCACAGCCAAAGAGAAGCUGUUACUAUGGAGCCAGCAGGCGACAGAAGGAUACCCCGGCCUCCGCUGCGUCAACUUCACCUCGUCCUGGAGCGACGGACGCAUGUUCAACGCUCUGCUGCACAGAUACAGGCCCGACCUGAUCGACAUGGAGGUGGUGUCGCGGCAGAGUAACCGUGAGAACCUUGAACAGGCCUUCGAGAUCGCCGAAUCAUUAGGAGUGACCAGACUGCUGGACGCUGAGGACGUUGAUGUUCCGUCUCCAGACGAGAAGUCGGUCAUCACUUACGUCUCCUCAAUCUACGAUGCUUUCCCUAAAAUCCCUGAAGGAGGAGAAGGCAUCGCUGCACACGAGGUGGACCAGCGCUGGUCAGAGUACCAGUCCAGGUUCACGUCUCUGCUCCAGUGGAGCCGCCAGCAUACGGCCCUCAUGGCCAACAAGAACUUCCCUCAGAACCCUGUGGAACUCAAGGCACUUUACAACGAGUACGUCCAUUUUAAAGAGACAGAGAUCCCUGCGAAGGAGGUCGAGAAAGGUCACAUCGAGCACCUCUACAAGCUGCUGGAGGUGUGGAUCGAGUUCGGUCGUAUUAAGCUUCCUCAGGGCCUCCAUCCCAACGACCUGGAGGAGGAAUGGGGCAAACUCAUCCUGGAGAUGCUGGAGAGAGAAAAGGCUCUCCGGCCGGCCGUGGAGAGGUUAGAGCUGCUGCUUCAGAGAGCCAAUAAGAUCCAGAACAUGGCUCUGGACUGUGAGGAGAAACUGACCCUGGCCAAGAACACACUGCAGGCCGACAUGUCUCGAGUGGAGAGCGGCGAGGCGGUGCAGUGUGAGAAAGAACUGGCCUGUUACCUGCAGGACUGCGAGUCUCUGAUCAGACAACUCAACCAGGAGCUCAAAGUCCUCCGAGACGAGAAGUACUACCAGGUGGAGCAGCUGGUGUUCAGAGUGUCCUGCCUUCAGGAGGAGCUGGUCUCCCUCCGGCUGCAGUGCUCCAGCGUCUACAGAAAAGGCCACUUCUCUCAGUCUCUGGGCAGCACACUGACCGAUCACAGCACCCAGAGGUCCACCGACAGCGGCCUGUCGCUGGGACAGACGUUGCUGGGAGCUGUGGGAGCUGUGGGAGCCGUCGGGGCUGCGCUCCUGCGGCGGCCAAUGGCUCGCUCGCAGCUGGUGGCCAUGUCGUCAUCAGAGGACGAAGGAAGCCUGAGGUUCAUCUACGAGCUGCUGGGAUGGGUGGAGGAGACACAGGAGCUGUUGGAGCGGGCUGAGUGGGGCGCAGACCUGCCUUCAGUAGAAAACAACCUCAAAGAGCACAACAGCAUCCACACUGCAGUGGAGGAGCUGAUGAGCGGCCUGCAGGAGGCUCAGAGCUACGAGGCUAAAGUCACUCCCAACUUCAAGAGCAGUUACUGUGAAACCCUGGCCAAGCUGGAGCACCAGUACUGCAAGCUACGGGAACAUUCGUCAUGGCGCCUGCGGAGCCUGGAGAGCCUGCACGCGUUCGUGUCGCACUGCACUGAGGAGCUGAUCUGGCUCAACGAGAGGGAGGAGGAGGAGAUCGCCUUCGACUGGAGCGACAGCAACACCAACAUGAACGCCAAGAGAGAAUUAUACAGCGAGAUGAGGUUGGAGCUGGAUGAGAAGCGAGAUGUGAUGAGGUCUCUGCAGGAAACAGCCAGCCGACUGUGUCAGGAGAACCAUCCAGCCAAACAGACGGUGGAGGCUUACAGUGCAGCUCUGCAGACUCAGUGGCAGUGGGUGGACCAGCUGUGUGUCUGCGUCGAGCAACAUCUCAAAGACAACACUGCAUACUUCCAGUUCAUGAGUGACGCCCGGGACUGUGAGUCAUAUCUCCGCCAGCUCCAGGAAACCAUCAAGAGACAGUACACCUGCGACAAGAACAGCAGACUGAGCAAACUGGAAGACCUGCUGCAGGACUCCAUGGAGGAGAAGGAGCAGCUGAUCGAGUACCGCAGCACGGUGGCGAGCCUGGUGGGCCGGGCCAAGACGGUGGUGCAGCUCCGCCCUCGCAGCGCCGACUUCAGCCUGGCAGCCACGACGCCCAUCAGAGCCAUCUGCGACUACCGGCAGAUCGAGACAAACGUUCAGAUCACGAUCAGUCGAGGAGAGGAGUGUGUGCUGGAGGACAACUCUCAGCGGACCAAGUGGAAGGUGAUCAGUCCGACGGGGAACGAGGCCAUGGUUCCCUCGGUGUGUUUCAGCGUCCCUCCUCCCAACCAGGAGGCCAUCGACACGGCCGGCAGGACAGAGCAGUUGUACCAGAAGGUCAUGUCUCUGUGGCAUCAGCUCCACGUCAACAUGAAGAGUGUGGUGUCGUGGCAUUACCUGCUCAAAGACAUCAGGACUGUAUCCGGAUGGAGCCUGGACACGGUUCGUUGUCAGUCUCCGUCAGAGCGACAACACGUCCUGGAUCACCUGGAGACCCAGCUGGCCGACUUUCUGUCAGACAGCAAGGAGAGCUCUCUGUUCACGACAGUCGAAAGACGAGAGCUGGAGAAGGACGUUCAGCAGGCCCAGCAGCACUGCCAGGACCUGCUGCUCAACAUGGAGACCGUGGAGAAGGACGAGUCGGUGUCUCGGUCGUACCUGUCCGAGCUGCAGAACGUCACCCUUCGUCUGAACGAGGCCGAGCAGAGGCUGAUGAGGGGGAUUGAGACUCCGCCCCCCAGCCGGCUGUCAGGUGACAGCACUGACAACGCCGUCCGGAUAGCCGAGCAAGAGAAGCUGCAGUCGGAGCUGGACGCUCUGCGCUCCAGUGUCGGUGAUGUGUCUCGUCGCUGCGUCAGUUUUUUCGAGGAGAAGCCGACGUCCUCCAGCGUUCCUGCCCUCCGAUCUGAGCUCAGCCUGGCUGUGGAGAAGAUGGAUAAACUGCACAACCUCUCGUCUGUCUACCUCAAAAAGCUGAAGACAGUAGACGUCCUGAUUCACAGCCUGGAUGAAGCAGAAAGUCAAGUCAGGAAGUACGAGAGCAAACUAAGUGAAGAAGACAUCGUUCCUGCCGACACAACAGCCAUUCAAAACCUCAGAGAUCAACUCGGGAAGUGGCAGGCGGAGCUCUCUGAGCAGGAGGGCAUCUUCCAGUCGCUGCAGGCCGAGGUGGGUCGGGCCAAAGAGGCGGGUUCUCAGCUCAGCAGGCUCCAUCCAGACCGAAGCCCCGAGCUGGAGCGCUACCAGGAGAAAGCCAAUCAGAUGGCGGAGAGGUGGAGCGGAAUCAAAAGACAGAUGGAGACACGACGGUCUGAUCUGGAAGGUCUGGGCUCGGCACUGCAGCAGUACAGAGACGGACACUCUGCUCUGAUUAAAUGGAUCGAAGAGACGACGGAGAGACAAGAGAACACGCAACCUGGACAGAGUGACAGCAAAGCGCUGUCUGAACAACUGGCCCAGCAGACGGCAUUAGUAGCUGAGAUCGAACAGAACCAGACCAAACUAGACGAGUGCCAGACUCACUCCAAACAGUACUGCACCUCAGUGAAGGACUAUGAGCUGCAGCUGAUGACAUACAGAGCCUUUGUAGAGUCGACGCACAAAUCGCCUGUCAAGAGGAGGAGGAUGCACUCCUCCUCUGACGCCAUCACUCAGGAGUUUAUGGACUUACGCACACGCUACACGGCCUUGGUCACCUUGACAACGCAGCAUGUAAAGUACAUCAGUGAUGCUCUGAGAAGACUGGAGGAAGAAGAGAAAGAGGUGGAGGAGGAGAGGCAGGCCAGGGUGGGUCAGGUGUCGGACCUCCUCGGCUGGGUCAAAGGCCUCCAGGGUCGGACUGGAGGACCCAACGCUGAGUCGUCCCUGGCUGCUCAACAGGCCAUCAGCGAGCAACUGGCAGCCAAGAAAGAUCAGGUGGCCGAAGCUAUACGGAGCACGCAGGUCUUCCUUCUGUCCAAACAGGCGGGCAAGUAAGUUAACAACACAAACAUGAGCACAAA